GCGGGAGGGGUUAGUGUUUGUGGUAUUAAUCUGGGUGAAUAUUUGUUUAUGUCUGCGUCGUUGUCGUAAAUAUUCUUGCUGUUUGGAGCAUUUCAGUUGCAGCAAAAUGGCAGAGUAUUUGGCUUCAAUUUUCGGUACUGAAAAAGACAAAGUAAACUGCUCAUUUUACUUCAAGAUAGGGGCUUGCAGACAUGGGGAUCGUUGUUCACGAAUUCACAACAAGCCAACUUUCAGCCAGACUGUUCUCCUCCAGAACUUGUAUGUGAAUCCACAGAAUUCCGCAAAAUCAGCUGAUGGCUCACACUUACUUUUAAGUGACAACCCUGCAGACCGGUCACUUUUUGCAAGAUUGGUUGCAAAUGUGUCUGAUGAAGAGAUGCAGGAGCAUUAUGACAACUUCUUUGAAGAUGUUUUCGUGGAGUGUGAAGAUAAGUAUGGAGAGAUCGAGGAGAUGAAUGUGUGUGACAAUCUGGGAGACCAUUUGGUGGGCAAUGUGUAUAUUAAGUUCCGACGUGAGGAAGAUGCAGAGAAAGCUGUUUCUGAUCUGAACAACCGUUGGUUUGGUGGAAGACCUGUGUAUGCAGAAUUGAGUCCAGUGACAGAUUUUCGUGAAGCUUGUUGCCGACAGUAUGAGAUGGGUGAAUGUACUCGCAGUGGAUUCUGCAACUUCAUGCACUUAAAGCCAAUCUCACGAGAGUUGCGGCGAUAUUUGUACAGUCGUCGUAGAAGAGGAAGAAGGUCUCGCUCCCGAAGUCGUAGCCGUGAUCGUGAUGGUGAGAAGAUUGCUGGAUACCGUCGCUCAAGAUCACGAUCUCGCUCUCGAGGAGGUCGCGAUCGUGACAGGGAUCGGCGUAAGGGUAAAGGUGGUGAAAGGGGCCGUUCUGAUAAGGAGAGGGAAGGACGCUCUGGCAGAUACUAACCUUGAUUAUAGCCGAAAUGGCCUUCAGUUGCAUCCAUGUUAAUGAUGUGUUGUGUCUUGUAACACUGUUUCAUAUUUUGUCAACAUGCCUUUCUCCAGAGGGGUUUAGUAUGGAAAAUAAAAGUAGUUCAGUCACAAA